CACCUCCCUCCCCCAGCCUUCACCCAUCCCAAAGACUGAUUAGCGCGGCAUCCUUCCACUGACACACCAUGCAAUUUCUGGAGAUUACCGAUUUUGUUUCCCUUUCCGCCUUUCUUCCUUUUUGACGUCUCGGUCAGCUUCCAAUGCGGCUCUCCAAAAGAUAGCCUGUCUCCCACCGCGCAUCUCUCCUUGAGGGCAAUAAGAGGAAGAAGUAGGAGAUUUUUUGUUUUUUUGUGUGUGUCGUGCUCAAAAUCUCUCCGAUGGUCCCCGGUGUGACAGCGGAGAGACUUGCAGCGUCUGACGCGGGAUGGAAAGCCUCCACCUCUGACCCAUCAACAGGACGAGACGUUUCAAGGAUACCAGUGAGGGAAUAAAAAAUUGCUUUUAAAAAGGCGACAGGUAAAAGGACGCUGCGCUCGACUGUGCUGCGUUUACGGGAUUUUUUUUUAAAAAGAGGAAAGCUAGAAUUUAAUGUAUUUUAAGCAAAAUCACUGAUUCCAGACUAGUUGAUUGUCAGCCUAAAAGACGUAACUCCCUAUGAUUAAUUCAUAGCCACACCGCUGGGAUGCACAAGAAGAAUAGCGCACUUUUUUAGCCUCCAAAGACGCACAGAUGGGCGGGCAGCAGCGUAAAUAAACCCCCUCUUAGCUGUUCAAUGCAUGCCUGUCAAUCCGCCUUCAGACUGGUGUCAUGUGCUGGUGACCCAUCUGAGCACGGGGAGCCACCUGCACGAGCACCACGCGCACACAGCAGCCACACAAACCACAUGGCUUAACUGAUGUGCACAAAGAGCGGAUGAGUUCAAUUGAAUAAAUCAGAGGUAAACACACUCUGCCCUAGAUCACUGCCUAGAGCUUAACUUAAAAGAGAUAUGUAGUUGUGCAAAUGCAAUAUGGACUGCAGAAAGAAAGCAAUAACACUGAUAUGAGGCAAUAACAAUUAAAAAAAGGGGGAUUUUUUUGUUCCAAAGCCAAAGAGAGGUGGAAAAGCGAGAGGAUUUCACACUUCUUCCAAAUGCAUUUCACUCAGACUGCGGCUCUAUCAAACCCUGACCCUCCUUUCAGUUGUAUCUGCAGACGCACACGUGGGAAAAGUGCAGCUGUUUCCUGUCGAAGGAAUUCAUGCAUGCAACAGAUUUUUAUCACUCUUUAACUCAUGCAAAACGCUCUUAUACACUACGUCUUCCAUUUUCGGCACACAUUCCUCAGCAUGGUCCCUAAAAUAUCAGUCUUCCAGUAGCCUUUAUGGUUAAUCUGAUGGUACCAUUUAUCCACCAGUUCGUGUGUCGGGGCGUUAUUUGGUGCAUGCACAUUGUGAGGCUAAACAGGCUGAAAGGGUGUGCCUCAGAGUAUAAAUAGUUGAACAAAGGCCCAUUUGGAGCUGACGAGAGGCCGAAACCUGAAACUCGGAGUGAUUCCUCCCUCUUGUAACUCUAUACGCUCACACGCUGACAGAAAACUCUCCAGCUCAAAAGAGUGAUUUAGGGACAAGGCAGUGAGCUGGGCACACACUGCUGGUGCUGCUGUCAGGGUUUUCAGGUGCUUAAGAGGACCAGAUCAGCAAGAAGACCCACCUGCCCCUCCUUCCAGUCCUUGAAUGAGCUGAGAAAAAGAAGAAGAAGAAGAAGACGGACCACACCCGGAGUCCCAACAGCAUCAAGAAAGAGUCUCCUCCUCUCAUCCCCCAGACUCUUAAUCGCAGUCAGGACAUUUCUGGGCAUCUUCAAGGAUUUCACCACAGAGCUGGAGUAGUUGUGUGCUAGAUCUGUCUUCUGUCUCCCAUUCUGAAGAGCGUGUGUGUGUGUGUGUGUGUUUGUGUUUUGACGCCGUUGAGAGCGACCACCGGUCUUCUUUCUCCUGUCAGGAUGUCUUCUGUACAAGAGCUGCAGCUGCUGGUACCUCUGGCCCUCCUGGUGCUUCAAGCGGCUCUGUGCCGAGGAGCCUGCGUGGAGGUGGACCCGGACACAGAGGCGGUGGCCAACGAAGGCUUCAAACUGGGCUGCAUCUCCUGUAAGAUGAGGGGCGAGGUGCCCGCCAGAGCCACUGUUGACUGGUACUUCAUGGCUUCGGAUGAGACCGAGUUCACACAUUUAUACAGCUAUGAAGAGCAAAGGCCCUACACCAGUGAUCCACGUUUCUUCGAUCGUCUACACUGGAACGGCAGCAAGUACACGGAGGACCUUCAGGACGGCUCUAUCUACAUCCUCAAUGUGACCUUCAAUGACACGGGAACCUACAAGUGCAUGUUCAGCCGCACCCUCAUGUACACCAACUACGAGUUUCAGACCAACGCCACUAAGAUUUUCAACGUGACAGUGGUGCCAAAACUCACCAGAGGAAUGGCAUCCAUCUUGUCUGAGGUGAUGAUGUACGUCUCCAUCAUCGGGCUGCAGGUAUGGCUCGUGGUCGAGAUGAUUUACUGCUACAGGAAGAUCGCAGCGGCAGGAGAGGAAGCUCUGAGAGAGAGCGCGGCGGAGUAUUUAGCUAUAGCAUCGGAAAGUAAAGAUAAUUGUGCAGGUGUACAAGUGGCAGAAUAGCACCGGUCGAGGAAGAGUUCAAAAUUGCAUCUUUGAGGAAUCACACAUUCCCGCUUUCAUGCCCUCUCCUCUCACCGUCAGUCGCAUCCCGCCAUCCUCUCCACACGAUGGAAAAAUCAAACCACAGAGAGGAGAACGAUCGCCACUGAAAGAUCUACCCCAGACCCCCUCCCU